CAUGCGAAUUAGAGCCGGUGAGUGAUUUUAUCCCAAAAAUAUAGGAAAAAAAAAAGGGGUGGAAGAUAUUUUGUGAGGAAAUAUGGAUAAGAUGUUGAAUUGUGGUUCACAAGAGGAAGAGUGAAGAGAUCGUGCUUAGUUGGUGAUUGUGGAUGGCAUAUUGCAUUCCAAACUCACCAUCACUCCAGGGUUGGAAGACGAGCACAAAUGGCUUGUUUGGUUGGAACAUAGGCAAGAAGAAUGUUGAUGACAAACCUCAGAUUAAAUACCAUGAUAUUGAUCUCACUUUCUCAACUUCUCUGGUGGACAAAACAUUUUUGAGAGGGAAGGAGCUAAAAUGCUGCUAUAGGGCUUCAAUUGAUGGGUUCAGUGCAACCAAUUUCCACGAAUGCUGUGACUUCAAGGGGCCAUGCGUGAUAAUCGGCUACACAAACAAGUCUUUCAAGUUUGGUGCAUUUAACCCUGAAGGGUAUAGAAGCACAGAUGACUACUAUGAUACAUUUGAUGCCUUCCUAUUUUACUGGGUAGACAAUGAAACUAAGCCCAUUAUUUUGCCCAAGGUUGGUGGAAAUGGUGCAGCCCUGUUCGAUUAUGCACGUGGGGGCCCACAAUUUGGGGCGGAUGGGCUUCUCAUAGGGCCCCCGUUGGCCCCAGUUAUGGGGGGCUUUGCUGGGCCUGAUACCAAUUCUGGCAUUGGUGACUUGAGACAAGCAAAGUCUAGAUUGGGAUUGUCUUAUGCCAAAAGAGAGGAUGGGAAGGAGUCUAUAUUUGGUGAUGAGUCAAGGGCAACCCUUCAAGAAGUGGAAGUCUUUUGUAGUCCUCAAAUUGCAAGCUUAUACUAGAACUUCACAAAGAGGGUAAGUAACACUAUACUAUAAUACUAUAUUUUGUGCUGUCCACGUCUAUAAUGAGUCAAUGUCUAUGUAUUGUAAUAUUUUUUGUGCAUGAAUGAAUAUGUAACCACUUGUGUCUUUGAUCUCAUCUUCCACUACAAGGAUUCACCAAGAAAUUUAUAAAGUACCAAUACCUGCUGUAUAAAUUAACUUCCACUGAGGAUGCUUUUCACUCCUUUCGUUUUCAACUCCUCCAGUGGAGAAUAAUGGUUGAAGGAUUAUUUAUUUCCUAAAUAACCACAUUAAAGCAUUGCUUAGCGAUGAAAAAGCCACAUUAGUACUUUAAGAGUGAACUGUAUGUUGGUGGCCUGCAUCUGUCACAAUCUCUAUCAGAUUAUAGGUCGUUUUGUGUUUGAA